AUGGCUCCACAGGACCAUGCACCUGUUUCAACUUCACAACCUCGUACCGGUGCAUUGUCCAUCUCAAGAGUGCAGUCUGAAUCAUACCCCGGUACCAUAAUCGCAGAUACCAUACAAUUAGCUCGCCAAAUCAGCAUCAGUCAUGUCGAAGAAGCGAAACAGGGCCCGGACAACAGUGACGCGGAGCAAGUCCCCAUUUACCGCCUAUACAGGCGCCGCUUCGCUGGCCUUUUUGGUUUUAUUUUACUUGGCCUCGUGACCGGUAUGCCCUGGCCAUGGUUUGGGCCCAUAUCAAAUGAGACUUCUGGGGAAUUUGCCAUUUCCAUUGACCAAGUGAACUGGCUCGGCAACAUUAUAUGUUGUGUCUACAUUCCUGUUUCCCUCCUCGUUCCCCUCCUUUGUACGCGCUUCGGUAUUCGCCGAUGUGCUGAUGUGGGUGUGGUGAUGCUCCUCGUAUCAGGCUGGGUGCGUUAUGCAGGCAGCAUCACGUCCUUGUCCCCUGAGAGCGCUUAUGCGCUACUCUUCCUCGGACAGUUCUUCUCGGCAAUAUCUCAACCUGUCUUCCAAGUCCUCGGCCCGAAGUAUUCCGAGAUGUGGUUUGACCUCAAAGGCCGAACGACAGCCACAAUGGUGAUUGCCAUCGCCAAUCCCAUCGGCGGCGCUCUUGGUCAGUUACUUAGUCCCCUAGGUACUGCAAGGCACUCUGUUCUGGUCCUAGCGAUCGUAUCUACCGCAGUCGCACCUGCCCUCUUUCUUAUCGAGAGUGAACCACCAAGCCCACCAACAUAUGCAGGCUCCAAGGCCCCACAAUCACUCUACUCUCUCCUGCUUGCGAUGGUGGGGAAAGUUCGCCCCUCCGACCCUGCUUACAUGGCUCCUCACGAACGGCUGGACUUUACCAUCAUUACGCUGAUUUUCGGUGUGCUUGUUGGCGCGACAAACGCACUUACCAUCCUCUCUGCGCAGUACUUCGAACCUGAGGGAUAUGAUGACGUUACUUCAGGCCUCUUUGGUGCAACUCUCCUAUCGAGCGGGAUCCUUGGUAGUGUGGUCACCGCGCCUCUGUUCGAUUGGGUGUUGACCCAUCAUCUGGGCAUAACACUAAAGAUACUUGUCCCGAUGGCUGCAGGGGCGUGGCUGAGUUUGAUCUGGGCUGUAAAACCCCACAACACCGGAGGAAUCUUCGCGAUCAUGGUCAUCAUCGGUGUUUGCUCCAUAACGAUGCUCCCAAUCGCCCUUGAGCUCGGAGCCGAGCUUACACGAAAUGCACACGGCAGUGCCGCCAUUUUGUGGUGUGUAGGCAACGCAUUCGGCAUCAUAUUCAUCCUCGCGGAAGGCGCCCUGCGCGCGUCGUGGACUGCGUCCCCGCCGUACAAUAUGCACGCAGCGUUCAUACUGCACGGCGUGUUCGUGAUGGUCCUGGGCUCGAGCGUGUUUUUCGUGCGCGCAAAGCAGGCGCGGCGGGAGAUGGAUGAGCGCAUGGCACAGAACCUACAUUCGAGCCACGUCGAAAUAGAGGCCGUACCGAUGGAUAAACAGGGCGCGACUGACUCGGGUCAAUCCCGCAGGUCGAUAGAAAAGGGAGCGGGGAAGGACGGCUCGAUACCGGAGAGAGAGAAUUCGAUACCGUUGCCUGAGAAAAGUGCUGAUGUCAGGAUGGAGGUGAUCGACGCUACUGUGCACCCAAAUUCAUGA